UGGACCGUGAGUUAAGAGUUUUUUUGUCAAACUAUUCUAGCUAUCUUAUUCGUAAAUAAAUGACAGGUUAGAGAACCUGGCCAAUCAUAUUUCGCUUUGUUCAGUCUUUGUCCAAUAGCCUGUGAGCUUGUUUGAUUACGACAGAGAGCAACAAGAAGUUUCCAAAAUGGGGCUUGAAAGUACUAUGGUUUGUGUGGACAACAGUGAAUACAUGAGAAAUGGGGACUUUCUACCAACGAGGCUACAGGCUCAACAAGAUGCUGUCAACAUUGUUUGCCACUCUAAAACACGAAGCAAUCCAGAAAACAAUGUGGGCCUCAUCACUAUGGCUAAUAACUGUGAGGUCCUGACCACACUGACACCAGAUUCUGGCCGCAUCCUGUCCAAACUCCAUGCUAUCCAGCCCAAAGGAAAUAUCUGCUUCUGCACGGGCAUCAGAGUGGCUCAUCUGGCCCUAAAACACAGACAAGGAAAAAACCACAAGAUGAGGAUCAUUGCCUUUGUUGGGAGUCCUGUAGAGGAUAAUGAAAAAGACCUUGUCAAGUUGGCAAAGCGCUUGAAAAAAGAGAAGGUGAAUGUGGAUAUUAUCAACUUUGGAGAAGAGGAGCUGAAUACAGAGAAGCUGACUGCAUUCAUAAACACUUUAAAUGGAAAGGAGGGUACAGGCUCCCACCUGGUCACAGUCCCUCCAGGGCCCAGUCUGGCUGAUGCGCUGCUCUCCUCUCCCAUCCUGGCCGGUGAAGGAGGCUCUAUGAUGGGUCUUGGUGCCAGUGACUUUGAGUUUGGUGUGGAUCCCAGUGCUGAUCCAGAACUUGCCUUGGCCCUGCGUGUAUCAAUGGAGGAGCAGCGACAGAGGCAGGAGGAAGAGGCCCGCAGAGCUGCUGUUGCUUCUGCAGCUGAGGCAGGAAUGCCCACACCCAGCGCCGACGAAUCGGAGGAGGCCUUGUUGAAGAUGUCAGUAUCUCAGCCUGAGAGUGGUGCAGCAGUGCUUCCUGACUUCAGCAGCAUGACAGAGGAGGAGCAGAUAGCCUACGCCAUGCAGAUGUCUCUUGCUGGAGGAGAGUACGGAGAAAUGGACACAGAAGCCCCCAUGGACACUGCAGAAUCAGCCAAGGAGGAAGAUGACUAUGAUGUGAUGCAAGACCCGGAGUUCCUUCAGAGCGUCUUGGAGAACCUGCCUGGUGUCGACCCGAACAACGAGGCCAUCCGCAACGCCAUGGGCUCCCUGGCCUCCCAGACAGGAAACAAGCCAGAAGGCAAAAAGGACGAAGAGAAGAAGAAGUGAGGAAAACAAGAGAUGGACACAUCUUCAGACAUCGACUAGGAAAAAAAGACUAAUGCAGGAUUACUUUAAUAUACGAAAACAUUGCUGAUACGUCGUCAGACUGACAGCCCAGCAUGAGACUGCACUCAAAUUUAAUACCAUUGUUUUCUGUCAGACACUUAAAAGCACCAACAUAACCAAAAUAAAGAAAAACCUACAGUACUGAACAACUAUUUAGUGUAAAAUCUGACUGCCCUGUAACAUAAAUUGAUAUCCUAAAAAUGUAAUAUGGGCCUACUCUCAACUUUACCCUACAGGCUCUUAAACUUAGCCACACUCCUGCCAUGUCUUUGUGUUAUUUUGCAAUAAAAGUCAUGUGUAAAUA